AUGAGACCCGAGGCGGCGGCCGGAGCCCGGGGGGCGCGGGGGCGCGCGUGUCCCCGCCCGCGGGACGGGCCCCGAAGGCCAUCGCCGCCGCGCGCGCCCGACAGUUGCAGCCCCACACCUUGGAGACCUUGGAUCCCGACCCCCCGAGAUGCCCAACCGACCAGAACUGGAAGCCGGCAUGAGCCUGGAGCUGACCAGCACACGUCCAGACCCAAGGGGGCCUUUGGCUUUCAGCAUCCUGUAAGACUUUAUUUACCCAUUUCAAAGCGUCAAGAAUACCUGCAGAGCUCGGGGGAGAAGGUCCUGGCGAGCUUCCCGGUGCAAGCGACCAUCCACUUCUACAACGAUGCGUCUGAUUCUGAUGAUGAGGAGGAGCAGGAGGAAGGAACGGAGCAGCCCUCUGACCUUCAGGACCAACAGGCGGAAAGCCGCCCGGGAGGGAAGGGCCAAGACUGGCUGCUAACGCGGGACUGAGACCCACGGGACGUGGGGGCCUGGGCGGUGAGGAUGCGGGCGCUUCCACCGUGCGGCUCCAGGGCUGGCUGGGUCUUGUCACGCCCGUGCACUUGGGCACACGGCCAAGCGCCAACGGCCAUCUCCUCGGCUGUCCAGGGUUCAGGUUGUUUAGCUGCCUCUGGCCACUUUUGCAAGAAAUCAUCGCCUCCCUUUCCUUCCCCUGUGUGCCAGAGCACACCUUUCAGAGAAUUCUAGAAACAAGAGCAGGCUGGCGUCCCACAUGGGAUUGUGAUCAGUUAGAACUAACUUGCACAGGGUCACAGGCCUGAGGUCCCUUCUGUAGCUGCGUCUGCAUUUGUAAAAUACUGAUUAGAUAGUGUCCAAGGGUUGGUGUGGGUGCCUAGGGGUGUCUGGAAAAUUUGUAUUUAUGAGAAAUGAAUAAAACACUCAAUAACUUCCAUAAAUGUUAACAGGAAUAGAAAGAUUGAUUUUUAGGGGCUCGGUCUGCAUAAAAAUGUACACGAUUAUUGUGGGAGUUUCUGUGUCUGAAUAUUUUGCUCUUUAGUUGGGGACUCUUGAACUUGGUACUUGAAUAGGAUAACAGUGUUUUCAAACAAAGUAUCUAAUGUGAAGUUAUUAUGAGUUUUUUCUAUUUUGAUGAUCAAAUACUGUAUUCCUGAAGGGUUUUUUUCUUAACUGUUUUUUACAUGUGUUCCUGUACAUAGUCUAGUGUGUCCAUUUCUACUAGAAAUAAAUAUU